CCUGCGCCUGCGCGGCCUGGGUCACUUCGCUGGCUGCUCCAGGGCUCCCGGCUCGCCGCCAUCUUGUGUUGGGGCUUCAUUGUUCGCUCUGGGCCGGGUGGUUUAGUGUAAUUGCCGCCGAAGCAGGGGGCGGAGUAACCUCCGGUCGGCCGAGAAACCUAGCUAUUUCACAGACAUAGCAGCUCAAAAGAUUUGUGAGGUAGUAUAGGGUAGAGAGCUGGACCCGGAGGCGCCGCCGCGACAGCAGCAGCCAUGGAGGACGAAAUGCCUAAGACUCUGAUCUAAUCCAAGAUACCACAUUGUGUUCAGUUGUCAUGUCUCUAUCCUGUAAUAUAUAUGUCGGUAACCUUUCCCGAGAUGUGACAGAAGCUUUAAUUCUCCAGCUCUUUAGCCAGAUUGGACCUUGUAAAAACUGCAAAAUGAUUAUGGAUACAGCUGGAAAUGAUCCAUAUUGUUUUGUGGAGUUUUAUGAGCAUCGUCAUGCAGCUGCAGCACUAGCUGCUAUGAAUGGGCGGAAGAUAAUGGGUAAGGAAGUCAAAGUGAAUUGGGCAACAACCCCCAGCAGUCAAAAGAAAGAUACAAGCAGUAGUACCGUUGUCAGCACACAGCGUUCACAAGAUCAUUUCCAUGUCUUUGUUGGUGAUCUCAGUCCAGAAAUUACAACUGAAGAUAUAAAAGCUGCUUUUGCACCAUUUGGAAGAAUAUCAGAUGCCCGAGUGGUAAAAGACAUGGCAACAGGAAAGUCUAAGGGAUAUGGCUUUGUCUCCUUUUUCAACAAAUGGGAUGCUGAAAACGCCAUUCAACAGAUGGGUGGCCAAUGGCUUGGUGGAAGACAAAUCAGAACUAACUGGGCAACCCGAAAGCCUCCAGCUCCAAAGAGUACAUAUGAGUCAAACACCAAACAGCUAUCAUAUGAUGAGGUCGUAAAUCAGUCUAGUCCAAGCAACUGUACUGUAUAUUGUGGAGGUGUCACUUCUGGACUAACAGAACAACUAAUGCGUCAGACUUUUUCGCCAUUUGGACAAAUAAUGGAAAUUCGAGUCUUUCCAGAUAAAGGAUAUUCUUUUGUUCGGUUCAAUUCCCAUGAAAGUGCAGCACAUGCAAUUGUUUCUGUUAAUGGAACUACCAUUGAAGGCCAUGUUGUGAAAUGCUACUGGGGCAAAGAAACUCUUGAUAUGAUAAAUCCCGUGCAACAGCAGAAUCAAAUUGGAUAUCCACAAGCUUAUGGCCAGUGGGGCCAGUGGUAUGGGAAUGCACAACAAAUUGGCCAAUAUAUGCCUAAUGGUUGGCAAGUACCUGCAUAUGGAAUGUAUGGCCAGCCAUGGAACCAGCAGGGAUUUAAUCAGACACAGUCUUCUGCACCAUGGAUGGGACCAAAUUAUGGAGUGCAGCCGCCUCCAGGACAGAAUGGCAGCAUGAUGCCUAAUCAGCCUGCAGGGUAUCGAGUUGCAGGGUAUGAAACCCAGUGAAAAAGGACUCCAGAAUCUAAAGCCAGUGGCUUAAGGCUACAGGGAGUGUAGUAAAGCCGUUGUUUACUUAAAGAUUUAUCAAAUCAGUCAGUGCAAAUGUCAGAUACAAUGUAUUUAUUUAAAAGAUUCAUUUUUUAAUCAUGAAAUUACUUACCAUCCGCAUUGUUUUAAAAAGAAACAAUAUGCUGGAUGUCUGCCAAUUUUUGCCUUCAUUACCUUUUUUGAUAAAGUUUCUCAAAUCCUUGUUUCAAAUACAAAUGCAGGGAUUGCUGCCACUUUUUUAAAAUUGAGGCAGAAAAUUGCACAAUGUUGAACUUUUUUCCACUGAAGUAGUGUGCAGUUCUAGUUUGCAUUCCUGAUAUGAUUUAAAACAUGUAAUAUAAAGAUGUAAAAAAAAAAGAAAAAAGGAAAACCAAAACUGUGCAGAGUCUAGAAGUUCUUUGUAAUCUUCAGCUUAUGCACAAUUCUAUUUUAGGUUUUUUUGAAAUAGGCAUUGUUUGAGCUGCCCAUCUCCACUGUUUUCCCUUUGGGGUUUUUAAAUAUAAGUUAUUAGUUUACAUCAUUUUUGUAUCUACAUUUUUUUCACAAAUUUGUCUUGCCUUAUUAAAGUUCUAUAAAAUAUACUUAAAUGGAAAAAAAUGAUCUUUAGAUUGAAAACUUUUCUCAGAUGGAUUGAUAAUUGCAUUCAUCUUGUGUUUUAUAUGAGAAGGUGCCUCAAGAAUUCCCUGUUGAAUUUGUUUAAAAGGGUUUUUAUCUUCUGCGAUGAACUUUGCUGUGUACCAGGAAAUAUAAAAACAAAAACUUGUUACUAAAGAAAAUCUACGAAAUGUGAUAAGUUCUUAUGAACUCAUGUUAAUUUCAUGUGUCAACUUCUACAUUUACAUGUAUCAUUUCAUUAUGUAAAAUGUUUUAGCAAUUUAAUAUUUUGCACAGUUAGCAAACUUUGUAUGUCAUUUCCUCCUUAAAGGCAUCAUGCAGAGUUGACAGGAGAUUUAUAAGGUUUUGUUUGCAUGUGAAUAUCAAAUACACACUUUGGUAGUCUUUGAAUACAAAGUCAUCUGCUCUUGUUUUUCAAGAACUUUGAGACACAAAGUUGUAUGUAAAGAAAUAUAUUAAUUUGCCAUAUUCUAGUUAUAUUUACUCAAAAAGAGUAAAUCAACUUGAUUUUAAUAUGUACAAAUGAUAGCUGUGAAACUGUAGAAUAUCCUUAUGUCAGGCUUGGGGUUUCUUGUGAACUCCAAAAUUAGCCUGAAUGACCAGCCGGGCAAAGCAUUUUUUAAAUGUUCAGAGGCCAAAAGAUAAACAAACAAAAAACCGUGAAAUCCUACCUCCUUAAACAGCC